GCAGCCAAUGCGCACAUCCCUCCAGAUUACCUUCUGAAAAUCUGUGAGAGAAUUGGGCCCCUCUUAGACAAAGAGAUUCCACAGAGUGUUCUUGGAGUGCAGACUUUACUAGGUGUGGGACGGCAAUCUUUACUAAGGGCGGCAAAAGAUUGCAGACAUACGCUAUGGAAGGGAUCUGCAUUUGCAGCUCUACACAGAGGCCGACCUCCCGAAUUACCUGUAAAUUAUGGGAAGCCACCAAAUGUGGUAAAUAUAAUUUCUGCCAAGCAAUUAACUGGAUAUGGACGUUUCAGCCAUUUGUUCCCAACAUCCAACUACCAACAUAUGAAGAUGCAUAAGAGGAUUCUGGGACACUUAUCAUCUGUAUAUUGUGUAGCAUUUGACCGCAGUGGGAGACGAAUUUUCACAGGCUCAGAUGAUUGUUUAGUGAAAAUUUGGGCUACAGAUGAUGGUCGUCUUCUCUCGACGUUGCGAGGACACUCGGCUGAAAUUUCUGACAUGGCUGUUAAUUAUGAAAACACACUGCUGGCUGCAGGUAGCUGUGAUAAGGUAGUCAGAGUAUGGUGUCUUCGAACCUGUGCACCAAUUGCAGUGCUACAGGGCCAUUCAGCUUCCAUCACUUCCAUACAGUUUUCUCCAGCAAGAAAAGGAACAACACGAUACCUCACUUCCACUGGUGCUGAUGGAGCAAUCUGUUUCUGGCAGUGGCAUGCCAACACAAUUAAAUUUAAGGAUCGUCCUGUGAAAUUUGCUGAGCGAUCCAGACCUGGGGUUCAGAUAUCUUGUUCAUCUUUCAGCUCAGGUGGCAUGUUCAUUGCAACAGGUAGCACUGACCAUGUGAUAAGAAUAUAUUAUUUGGGCUCGGAAUCGCCAGAGAAAAUUGCUGAGUUAGAAUCCCAUACGGACAAAGUGGUUGCCAUUCAGUUCUGUAACAAUGGUGACAGUUUAAGAUUUGUCAGUGGGAGUAGAGAUGGAACAGCAAGAAUAUGGCAGUACCAGCAGCAAGAAUGGAAGAGUUUAGUCCUGGAUAUGGCUACUAAAAUGACAGGUAACAACUUGUUAUCUGGGGAGGACAAAGUAACUAAAAUGAAGGUUACUAUGGUGGCUUGGGAUCGAUAUGAUGCCACAGUCAUCACUGCAGUCAACAACUUCCUUUUGAAAGUAUGGAAUUCGACCACAGGACAGCUUCUUCAUAGUUUAUCUGGCCAUGAUGAUGAAGUUUUUGUUUUGGAAGCCCAUCCAUUUGACCAAAGGAUCAUGCUUUCUGCAGGUCAUGACGGGAACAUUUUUGUUUGGGACCUUGACAAAGGAACAAAAAUUCGCAAUUACUUUAACAUGAUUGAAGGCCAAGGCCAUGGUGCUGUGUUUGAUUGCAAAUUCUCACCAGAUGGACAGCAUUUUGCCUGCACAGACUCACAUGGACAUUUGCUGCUAUUUGGUUUUGGAUGCAAUAAAUAUUAUGAAAAGAUUCCAGAUCAGAUGUUCUUCCAUACAGAUUAUCGGCCACUAAUCCGUGAUGCUAAUAACUAUGUACUGGAUGAACAGACCCAACAGGCUCCACAUCUCAUGCCUCCCCCAUUCCUAGUGGAUGUGGAUGGAAAUCCACAUCCCACAAAGUACCAACGUCUUGUACCAGGACGGGAAAAUUGUAAGGACGAACAACUUAUUCCUCAGCUGGGAUAUGUGGCUAAUGGUGAUGGCGAAGUGAUUGAACAGGUGAUUGGGCAGCAAACCAAUGACCAGGAUGAGAGUAUUCUGGAUGGAAUGAUUAGGGAGCUGCAGAGAGAACAAGAUCUGAGGCGAAUGAAUGAAGGUGAAGCUAUCCCAAAUCCUCCAUACAAUAGAUCACACUCUGUUAAUGGUGCUCUUAGAAGUCCAAGUUUGGAUUCCCCACCAAAUGUUGGUCUCAGACGUAGUGGUCAGAUUGAGGGGGUCCGGCAAAUGCAUCACAAUGCUCCUCGCAGUCAGAUGGCCACAGAAAGAGAUCUUAUGGCAUGGAGCAGAAGAGUAGUGGUGAAUGAGCUGCAUUCAGGGGUUUGCAGGGUUCAGGAAGAAUGCCGAACUGCCAAAGGUGAUAUGGAAGUUAGUCUUUAUACUGUAGAAAAGAAGAGAAAACCAUCCUACACCUUGCAAAGAAGUGAUUAUCAACCUGGCAGUGGACGAUCUUUGAGAAGAAACCAACGCAAGCGCCAGCAUACCUACCAAACACGCUCCACCAUUGAACACAGUCAGCAAGGAGCAAGUCAAAAUGCACGUACACAGGAAGAAUCUGAAAGCUCCUCUGAGGAAGAUGAAACAGUUGGCACAAGUGAUGCCUCUGUGGAUGAUGCUGUGGCUGUAUGGCAAAGUGAAAGCAGUUCCAGUGAUUCUUCAAGUGAAUAUUCUGACUGGACAGCAGAUGCAGGAAUUAAUCUCCAGCCUCCAAAGAGACAAACCAGACAGGCGACUCGGAAGAUCUGUAGCAGCUCUGAAGAUGAAAAUAUGAAGGAAGCAAAAGGAUUGGAAGUGAAACGAAGGAAACCCAAACAGACUAGAAAAAAGAAACCAAGUGGAUUACCUUCGAUGGAAGGUGAACCCAGCGAGGAAUGGUUUGCACCCCAGUGGAUCUUGGAUACAAUACCACGUCGUUCACCCUUUGUCCCUCAAAUGGGAGAUGAGAUUAUAUAUUUUAGGCAAGGCCAUGAGGCUUAUGUGCGGGCAGUAAGAAAAGCAAAAAUUUACAAUGUUAACAUGCAAAAACAACCAUGGAACAAAAUGGAACUCAGGGAACAAGAACUUGUGAAGACUGUAGGAAUUAAAUAUGAAGUUGGACCUCCUACGCUUUGCUGCUUGAAGCUUGCCUUUCUUGAUCCAAUCUCAGGCAAAAUGACAGGAGAAUCUUUUUCCAUUAAGUACCAUGAUAUGCCAGAUGUUAUUGAUUUCCUUGUGUUGCAUCAGUUUUAUAAUGAAGCCAAAGAAAGGAACUGGCAGAUUGGGGAUAGGUUUCGGAGUAUAAUCGAUGAUGCUUGGUGGUUUGGAACUGUGGAGAGUCAGCAGCCAUUCCAGGCAGAAUAUCCUGAUAGUUCCUUCCAGUGCUACAGUGUUCACUGGGACAACAAUGAAAGAGAAAAGAUGAGUCCAUGGGACAUGGAACCAGUUCCAGAAGGAACGGCUUAUCCAGAGGAAGUUGGUGCUGGUGUUCCCGUGUCUCCAGAGGAACUGACAUCUCUGCUGUAUAAACCCCAAGAAGGAGAAUGGGGGGUCCAUUCCAGAGAUGAAGAAUGUGACCGUGUUAUUAGGGGGAUUGAUUAUCUUCUCACCCUUGAUAUUUCUAACCCCUUUGCUGUUCCAGUGGACCUUAGUGCCUAUCCCAUGUAUUGCACUGUAGUUGCUUACCCAACAGACCUCACCACAAUCAGAAGGAGACUGGAAAACAGAUUCUAUAGGAGAAUCUCAGCAUUGAUGUGGGAGGUUCGAUACAUUGAGCAUAAUGCUAGGACUUUCAAUGAGCCAGAUAGUCCUAUAGUUAAAGCAGCCAAAAUUGUAACAGAUGUCUUACUUCACUAUAUCGGGGAUCAGAGUUGUACAGAUAUAUUGGAUAUAUAUAAUAAAGUGAAAGCAGAAGAUCUAAGCAGUACUGAUGAAGAGGAGGAGGUGGCAGAAGUAGAUGUAGAUUCAGAUGGGCCUGGAACAUCAUCUGGGAAAAGAAGAGUAAGACGACCAAUAAAAAGGCAGCCCUUCAAAGCAAGCCCGGAUGCUUGGAAAGAACAGUGCAAGCAGUUGUUAAGCUUAAUAUAUGAACGUGAGGACUCCGAGCCUUUUAGGCAGCCAGUUGAUCUCUUCUCUUAUCCUGACUAUCGAGAUAUUGUAGACACUCCGAUGGAUUUCAGCACUGUGAAAGAAACUUUGGAAGCAGGAAACUACACCAAUCCUCUGGAAUUUUAUAAGGAUAUUCGCUUAAUAUUCUGCAACUCAAAAGCUUACACACCUAAUAAAAAGUCACGGAUCUACAGUAUGACGCUUAGACUGUCUGCCUUAUUUGAAAAUCAUAUUAAAAAUAUCAUCUCUGAAUACAAGUUGGCCAUGCAGUGUCAGAAAAGGAAGAGGCCACGGUACAGAAAACGACUAAGGAGCAGUAGUAGUUCACCAUCUAGUAGCAGAGCAUCCAGCCCUAAAGGGAAACAGAAACAAGUGAAGAUUCAACCUAAAAUUAACCAGAAUACCUCACUGCCUUUGACUAGGACUAACUCUUCAGUUUCAUCUCAUGUUUCAGAUACUACCGAGGAGGCUCUGGGUUCAGUCAUAGGUGAAGAAACUGAGGGCCAACCAUCCUCAUCCGGGUUAAAUACACAGAACCGAAGUGGAAAUAACAUUGAUCCGGGGAAAAAUAGACUAGUCAGGAGUAAAUCCACACCAGUUAAACAAGAUCAAUCUCUUGAUGGACCACUUACAAAUGGUGAUGGCAGAGAGCCUCGGGUAGCAGUCAAGAGAAAGUUAGUAAGUGCCUCAGAAGAGGAGGAACACCUACAGGAAGAGGUGAAGAAGAGAGAAUCAAAAGAAAACCCUGGUUUAUUGUCAUCAGAGAGUGGGGAGUCAGGAUCCAGUUCAAGUUCUGAAAGCCGAUGUGGGUCUGAUUCAGAUUCUGAAUCAACCUCUAGAACAGAUCAGGAUUACAUUGAUGGAGAUCAUGACUACAGUAAAGUUGUGCAGACUAAACCCAAAAGAAAAAUUAAAAGGAAAAUUGCUAGUGGAAAAAGAAAUUGGCAGGGUAGAGGGACAGGGAGGAGAGGCAGAUGGGGCAGAUGGGGUAGAUGGAGCAGAGGGGGAAGAGGUGGCAGAGGAGGAAGAGGAGGCUGCGGCAGAGGAAGAGGCAGGGGAGGAAGAAGAGGUAGAGGAGGUAGAGGAGCUUCACGAGGAGCAACCAGAGCCAAACGUGCACGAAUGGCAGAUGAUGAAUUUGAGAAUCUAUUUGGAGGUCGAUUUGGCGAGAAUAUGUUUGGAGGACGAUUCAGUAGGCCACCACGAAUUAAAACAAGGAACGAGGGCAGGAGAACUGUUUUAUAUAAUGACGAUUCAGAUAACGACAACUUUGUGCACGCUGAGGAUCCUCUGAACCUUGGUACUUCCAGAUCGGGCAGAGUGCGGAAAAUGACAGAAAAAGCCAGGGUCAGCCAUCUCAUGGGAUGGAAUUAUUGACUGAUGAAAAUCUUGGAAAAUUUUCAGAUGAACUUCAAUGGCCUUCUACUGCAGGGAUUUUACCAGAAAAUCUACCAAGCAAGUUGUGGGGGGACUCCACUCACUUUCUACAGUGGUGCUUUUCCAUUAUGCCAGUAUACAUUUGUUUUAAGACUUCAGAUUGCCACACUUCAUUGGUCAAAAAAGCCUUACUCAUUAGGCCUUAAAUUACAGAAAUUCUUCCCCACACACUACAAGUUCAUUUUGUUUCAAGGAGCUUCUCAAUAAUAGCAUGACAUUUUGAAUCAUGUUCAUGAAAUCUCUCCCUUUUUUGUAUUAUAGAAAUAGCACCUUCUUACAGAGUUUUUAUAUGGUUUGUCAUAAAUCCUUAUACACAGUAAUAAUUGUAACUUUUGCACAAUACACCAAUCCUAAAGGCAGCUAUAAAAUGUUUACCAUUUCUAUAUUGUAAGAAGGAUCUGGAUUACUUUAAUCUUCCCAGGCCAAACUUUCAUGAAUUGUGCUGAACUGAAGUAUGUUUAUACUACAGUUUAGGGGGUCUUGAAAUGCUUUUUUGUUGGUUCGUAAUUCACAUGUAAAAAGUGAAAAGGGUUGGUGCCUUGUAAAUAUGUAGCAAACCUUUGAUGUGGUGUGUCCUAAUGUGUGCAUUAACUUUAUUAAAAAGAUAAUACUUGAGAAGUAUGAAUAUCUAGACAGAAGGUGCCAAAUGCAAAAGUUACUUGCAUCUAUUUUCUUUUUGUCCUCUCAUAUUUUUAUAGCAUUAAUGGAGAUUGUGCAGCAAAGGGUUAAUUUCAACAUUUGAAAGGUUCCUACUCUUUAGAGCAUUAUAUGUCUUAAUAGUAGCUCAGCUACCUCUGUUUACAACUACUGGAAACUUAAAAGAAAAUAGAUGCUAUUCUGCAGUGCUUAUUGAAGAAGAGGCAAGAAUGAGUAUAGCAGGGGUGGAAUUGCUUGAAAAUUCAAGUAACCAUUUCUUCAUAUUGACACUCUGAAACAAACCUUAGUAGUUAAUGAAGUUUUCACAACCUUAAUAUGCUUUUAGUAUCUGGUAAUUUGUUGGGCAAACAGCCAGUGGGCUCUCUCUUAUUUCUGUUACCAUUUAUGCAAUGAAAGUGUGUAUUUGUGUUUUUAAUUUGAUCAUUGAAACAUUCAAAGAAACCGAAAUUGAGCUAUGGUGUGUCUAUUGGCUACUCAUAUUUUGUAUCAUUACUGAUAAGUUUCCAUUCAUAUCAUUGACAAGAGUCCUUGUAGCUUAAGCAUCCAGAAGAUAAUUUACAUUGUACUAUACUCUUACCUUUUAAAUGUUGCAUUGAAAAAUAAUAACUUGCACACUGAGGUCAUUCUGACAAUAAUACAGUAUGCAAUGCUGUGAGGGAAAUGUGGGGUUUUGCUCCUCAGAUUGAAUGACUGGUUGUGUUCUAUUAACUGGAACACACUUCUUCUUUUGGAGUGAAAUGAAGAGUUGCAUCCUUCUGCUUUGUAGGAUCCAGCUAAAAGAUUUGUGGGAGCCUGUAAUAUUAGACCAAGGAAGAGGCACAGAGCUGAUUUCUCUAGAUUUUCUCCACAUGUAAUCAAUGACAAUGAUGAGAUAGGAGAUUUGGAAACCAAAAUAGGGGCAUGACAUUCUAAAUUUCUUCCUCAAUGUGCAAUAUGCAACUUUUAUUACAUGGUCAAUAAUUCUGGGAAAUGUUUGGGGGAGGAUCAAUGACAUUAUAUAUUCUCAUACGUCAAUGGAGGUUGAUCUCUUUUUGCAAUGGUUGUAGUCUGGUGCAAGAUAACAUGAACCAAUGCUGUAUGGGUCAUUGGGCUUGGGAGUGAGGAGAAGAAAACAUUCUAAGUAGUAUAUGGUAUUGAUCUGAAUUCAUGGUACAGUAAAGAUCUCACAAACUUUUUGUUAAAGUCACUCUUUUGAUAAUGCCAAAACUAAUGUCUGGGCAUGACUCAGAUGUUCCUUUUAACAAAGAAUAGAUGCGAGUAUCUCCUAGCUCUGUACUGGGUUUUAAAAUACAAAUGCUUGUCCUAUUAUCUCUUACAGUAUAUAUUCAGAAGAAAAUGUAUUCUUCCCUAGAGUUAUUGGUCUUCAUAUCUAUGUAACCAGGAAACGCAUGGAUAUGCCAGGUCCUAGACAUAAUCAUACACAUUUUAGAUAAAAGUUCUUUUCAACCAAUAUAAAUACUAGGAUUCCUAUGCUAAAGUCUGGAGAUUCUGAAGAAAUACUAUUCAUAUGUUUCUGGCUGGCUGAAGCUGUAAUUAUUAAUUUAUUUGGGGAUGGGAGGAAGGAAAAACAUGGAUUCCUGAAAAUAUCAUGAUUUCCUAAGUUUAAAUGUAUUUUAGCAACAAUUAGAAUAAGAUUAAAUAUGUUCUUUAAUGUAUCUUUUAUAUGUAAUGAAAUACUGUGAAGAUAACAGUAAAACAGCACUGUGCUGUGGUGUAAGUAUUAAUCUAAAAUGUGUUAUGUGAUUAAGAACAAGACAGCAGGGUGUGCUAGAACAACAGAGCUAUAGCUUAUUGUAAAGAAUCUGAGGAUUUUUUAAAUUUUAUUUUAUUUCAUGCAUGAAAAACUUUUUAUAACCAUGAACGAAAUAACUUAUAUUUUUGAAUGCUAUUUUUACUUGGUUUUGUAUCUGGAUUUUUUUCCAUUUUAGACAUUUGAUUUCUCUCAUAGUCUCAUUCUGUGGGUGAAUUAUAAUUUUGUAAUAAAUUGGACACUUUUUACUCAGAUUUUAAAUUCGAUUAGAAGCCACUUACUUAAAGCUGCAUGACACUUGGUUUUACCCUGAUAGAUGCAGCAGGAGAAAUGAAACAAGAAAUGAAAAUGCAAAAAAAGUAUUGCAACCCAGUCCUUCAGACCCCUAAUCCCAAACUCCAAUGCCCAUGUAAUGCCUCUCUCAAGUCAGCGGAGUUCCAUGUAAGCAGAGCUCUGCCCACCCAGAGUUAAUUGCAGAAACAUCAGCCUUGUCUUUAUUCAUAGUUUUAGCUAAAAAUAACUUCUGUUUGGGCCCACUCUUUAAUUCUUGUGUAUGAUGGUGUUGUGAUAAUAUAUUUAAGAUACUAAUAGUUAAUGGGCUGUAUAUUGCUGAUAUUUAGUAAAUGUUCUAGUACCAGCGCUUCAAGGAUUUCUCCAGAAAUUAGUAUGAAUGUUUAUGGAAGUUUUGAAUUGUCCCUCUCCCUUUUGUCAGCAGUUUGAGGGUAUCCCAUUACCAGUGUGGGGAAACAGGGACUGCAAAUAGAGCCACCAGCCAGCAGUUAUAUUUGAUUUGCGGUUGUUGGAAGGUUCUUUUGGCCUGCACCAUCCACACACAUUUAAGAGGAGAGGGAAGAACGUUUUCAAUGUGUGUCUGGUUCCUUUGCAUUUUGAGCACCAAUUUACUACCUCUCCAGCAUGCUCAUCUCUGCUGGCACAGAGCACAUGGGCCCAAGCUUGGUCCUGAACACUCAAAUGCUGUCACUAGGCCUUCAGUCAAGCCCCAGACAUCCAUUUUGCCUCCCCUUAUUUUACAAGUGUCUGCUCCAGCCCCUUGUAUUUUGUGGCUUUGUUCCAUCUCUUGUUUCCUUCUGGUCUUUGUCCUUUCCUAAGAUCCUGUCUGUGCUGCUGCUCCUGCACUCUAUAGUAUUUUUCCCAUUCAGGAACAACUGAAGCUUAAACUCUGAUGCUCUUGCUAGUCAAUUAAGAACACAUUAGGUUCUUACCUGCCUACCUAAAGUCACUUGCAGGUAUAUUCAAGUCAAGUUUUUUUUCUCUUUAAAUAUUUUGCUUAUUAACAAACCUGCAUGUGUUAGUAGUAAAUGUAGAAAGUUCUUAGGCCUAAUUAUCCAUUGUCCUGCACUUUAGUGUUUACACUGGUAUAAAUUAAGCCUAAUUAGAGCAAGUACUGUUCGCACUCUCUCUGAGGUAAAAGUACAGGGCAAAAGAGAACUGGAUGUUACUAGUUCUGAUCAUUUGAAUUAAAAAUGUAGGUCUCACUUGACCUCCCAUAUAAAUUAUUUAAUGCUAUUAUCUGAAUUAUCACAUUUUCGUUAUGUGAACAUGAGUUAUUGUAACAACUCUACAGCUUGUGUUUACUUUCCACUGUCUGAGAUAGUGGGAUUGGCAUAAAAUGUUGUCAGCAAUUUGGAAUAUUCAGUUACAGCUCAGCAUCCCAAACACCAAUCAGCAUGGUAUAUUUUGAAGGUUUAGGUUAUCUUUCUGUUUAGUUUGAGGGAUGGAAAAGAUAUUAAUACGCAAAAACUAAACCCUUUACAUGAAGCAUUCUGAAACACUUCAGCUAUUAUCAGCAUCAGGCAAUUAAUCUAAAAAGUGUUUUCUCCACUGUCUUCAGUGUAUGUUUGGUUUUGGAAAGGGAGAAAGUCUGAGAUUUGAGUAAAUUAGAUUUUCGUGAGAUUUUUCAGUUCCAAGCAACCUAUACUACUUUAUUCAGAUUCUUAAACAACAUGCAUCAUUGUAGUGUCUCGAUUUCUCACUCCUUCUUUUUUGUUUGUUUUGUGUCAGUGGGAAGAGGUGUCAUGCCUCUUUACCUGUUGUCGCACUUAACAAAGCAUGAGGUGUUCUCAUGCUUCCAAUGAAGUAUCCCUCUUCAGUCUCAAUAUUACUUCCAUGCUAGGGUCAUGAUUAUCCCCACUUGUACUCUUUAAAAAAUGCAGCAAUAUCCUGAACAACUUCACUCAAUAGAUGUUCAGGAUUAAGGGCUCAAAUCUGCAAAAACUUAUUCAAGAAAAAAAAAUGGGAUUUCUUAUGCAAGUAAAAUUGCUCAUAGCUGCAGUCUGUGCAGGCUUGAACCCUACAGAAGCAAGAGCUCACUAGGACAAAAGUGAAAUGUAUUAACUGAAUAGUAUGGGGAAGUUAGCUCAGACUUAUGUGUAUGUAUAUUGGGCUCAAGUCUGCAAUAAUCCUUCACUUUCAAGCCUACUAAUUUCACAAACUGUAAAGCAAAGAUUAAAAAGGAUAGAGAUGAUGGUAUGUUUUCUUAAAAGAGAAAUAUUAGAGAAGUAAUUCACCUUAGAAGCAAGCUCUGUUGGAAAAUUAUCCCUCAUGUUUAUAAUAUGAGAACUGUAAUAUGUAAAAGUAAGAGGAGGCAAAAAUAUUUACAGUUAGGAAAUCAACAUGUGUGUGUGAUUACAGCUUGAGUUCUUUAUAUUUUUGUUUAUUUUAAUCAACUUCCCUUGCAGUUUUUAAAAAAUAAAGAUAGAUCAAGUUACUUCUACUGCACAUAAAUAUGAAAACUGUAUAGUAUAUAAAGCACUGAAGGGAAUUUAAGUUAGGUGUGUGGUUGGUAAAAUAUCCAUAUAUAGAAAUUAAAAAUUAAGGAAAGACAAACUAAAAUGUAUUGCUUCUGACAAUGUUCUUGAGGAGGUGACUGCUAAAAGUGAGAUGAACUUCUCACAUAUUGGAAAAUAUGGCCCCUAGAUGGCUAUAGAAUGUGUUUGAUGAACAUUCCAAAUCAUGCAGUAUUAAAAUGAGAAAAUGCAUUUAAUAACUCUCUCAAGACUAGUAAUUCACCCUUAACCUGUGCAGAUGAUGACAGAAUAAACAAAUCAGUUUUAGACUAAGGAUGUUGCCAGCCUUAACUUAGUAUGUCCUACUAUGGUUGGUCUAUAUCACAACUUUAAUAUUUUUAAAAUGUAUUUUUGUGUUUACAUUUCUUGGAUUUUUUUUAACUGUCGUGGAAAGUUUUAUAAAAUGCUAAUUAUUUACUUGAUAGACCGAAGGAGCAGUUAACAAUCUACAGAUAAAUUUAUAUUUAGUAAUGUAGGAAGCUGUCAUGUUCUUACAAGUAUGUAUUAUAGAAAAUUACUGCGCAUGUGCAGUAGUUAACUUUCAAAUAUUAGUAUAUUGGAUGUUUACACAUUUUUUUAAAACUCCUUUAUGUACAAUAAGUAAUAGCCUGCAAAAUUUUGGUCUAAAAAGUUGUCUUUUUUUAAUAAUAGAAACACAAAGACCUGUUGGCAUCUUGUACGUUUUUACUAUGUUAUGUUUCAGCCCACAGCAAAUUUCUGCAACUGUGCUAUGAAUCCCUGAAAAACUAAAUUUCCAGUGGAAUUGUUAUCACAGCCUUAACUCUAGUAUGAAAAUGGUGCUUAAAUACAUAUAUAUAUAUAUAUAUAUGCAUGGAAGUGGGUACCUCAGAUCUGAUAAGAGUUUUAAAUGAGAACUUAAUUCUCAGUGUUUGAUGCUGAAAAUGCAAACUAAUAUUCCUGUUAGUUAACAACAGCCAUGUUUGUGAAUUCAUUGUACAAUAUUUACUUACGGACAUAUUAGAACAAUUUCCCAGUUUCUUCUAAUAAGAAGGUAAUGCAUACCUUUCUGGUUUCUGUGUACAUUAAACAUUUGUGAAGCUAAGGGCAGGGCAAGAGAAAAGUGCUUGAAAUGUUAGGGAACAAGAGGAUCUGUUUGAAUGCAAGAUAAAUUGGUGUUUCUGUGCUGUUAUGUUACCAAUCUCAUAGUGGUUUUAUAGUUUUCUUUUGUCAGACAAAUGCCCCAUUUAGUUUUUUCACAAUGCUUUCUAAGUAAGUGGCGUUCAUUGAACAUACGCAUAUACCUAAGCCUAAUUUUUAAAAUUUUCCCUAGGAAUAUUGAUAUAGAUUAUUCAUUCUUUUUGUAAGAGUCAUUACAACAGACUUCAUUUAGUAAUAUCAGUUUUUACAGUUGAUGGGCUUGGAACAAUGAAAUGGUGCUGUUUCUAGCCUUGCACAUUUCGGUGUUCUUGACAGUUUAAAAUGUUCCACCAAAAAUGCACAAAACUGAUUUGAACUGAUAUGUCAAGUUUCUGUAUUGAUUUUUCAAGGGGAUAUUUAUGCCCAUAUCGUCACAUCCACUAUCUCAGGUCCCUUUAAAUGAAUACUUCAGGGAUUUUUAAUGCCACUUGAUGGCAGACCAAAUGUAAUAUUUAUAUGCAACAAGCUGUUAGUUUUUGUAUUGUAAAAAUGUAAAUUUGUAAAGAUUUUUUUUCUAGAGUUUUUUUGAAGUCACUUAUGUAAUUUAGGAUGUUUCAUUUUUCCAGCUGUGGGAUUGUCUUAA